UAAUCGUGGAGAAGCCAAAGCAGACGCAAGUGGACUCGUUGACUGCGCACAGCUGCAUAAAAAUUAUAUUGUGAAAAGAGUUAUGAGCAACGCUGAUAUGGACGGACGGACGGACGGCGAGGCCCCUGAUAUUCUUAACCCGACAUCAGAAGUGGGAUCUGUGCCACACCCUGCAUUUUCUGAGGAUCAGUGGCGUGCAGUAGUGGAAAUGCAAAAUCGGAAUUUUGCUGAACUUGUAAAAAUCAUGCAAGUGACGCCGGCACGAAGUAAAUUGAUCAUCGCACUAAGUAACUGCAUGGAAGGAACUGCAUCUCAGUGGCUAACACAAAUCUCGUACCAGGGUAUGACUUGGCAAGAGUUCCAGGAAUUAUCCUUAUUAUUCUGCAGCGCUUUGAAA